CCUUAGAUCAUGACCUCGCUUUUACGCUUUCUAUUAAGCUUAAAAUAAAAAACUAGCUAGCUUUAUAGCUAGCUAGCUAGCUCUGGAUAUCUUUGCUUUGUAUCGAAGCUACUUGUGUGAUCAUGCCUCCGCCAGUGGCUUUUGCUGCCUGUGAAGAGCACGUAUUCCGGAGGGACUUCACUGCUCAAAAAUGGCUGCCUGUGGACGACCAAAACAAGCCAUCCCGAGUCCAGUUUAUGAAGAGAGACAACAGCUACUUCAUGAGGCUCAUUGCCAACGGAGAGAGGAUUGACUAUGCCUUGUCGAGGGAGAGUCGACUGCACUCAUCUCCUGAUGGGUCUGGGUUCCUACAGAUCCCUCUGGCUGAUGCUAAAGAGUUGUAUGCUAUCAAGUUCCGGGACACUGUCGAUGGCGACGCCUUCUAUGCUAAGAUUGUCAACGAAAUGGACAUGCCGUGGUCUUCUCCUAGGACUACGAUUGGUCCCGACAAACUACCGAACCCUGCUGUCAACUUUGGACCGACAACACUACCUAGUAACGGCAACAGACGUAUCGAGCCUACCAUUAUUAGACCACAGAAUCAGCCGUCAAUCAACCCAUCACCACUACAGCCUGGGGGGUUUCAGCAACUGCCCCAGUUCAACAACGCCCCCCUUCGUCCGGGUCCCCCAAAGAAAAAUGCAGUGGACAUGGUUGACCAACCCCCGCCAGUUGUAAGGAAUCCAGUUGUCAGGAAUCAAGCACCUCUACCACCUCGAGAGUACACUAAUCAACCGAUGGCCAACAGUUUCAGUGGUCACCCUCCUCAAGAGCUACUGGCGCAGAAUCAGUGGGGGCGCAGUUAUGGCCCCGGGCCCAACAACCCUGGCCCACAACCAGGGGGUAUGAAUCGUGGGAACUUCAACCCCCAAUCACAACCGCAGCAGAACUAUGGACAGCCUCAGUAUCGCAAUGCUCCACAGCAACAACAUCAGCAAAUGUCCUACAACGCCAGCACUAUAGAUCCGUAUCACCGUGGGAAUCAGCCGGGUGGUGGUGGUUACAAUCAGGGUGGACAGAUACCACAGGCUGGCGGACAGAGACCUCCCAAGAUAAACCCACAAAUCAGACGACCGAGGGAACCAGAGCCUGUGGAGGAGGCACAGCUAGGCACUCUAGCUGUGUCACUGAUGAACGCCAUCAACCAAGGCAACGAGGGCCAAGCACAGCGCCUACUGGCCAGUGCCCUCCAGGUCAAAGCCAACCUCAGAAUAGAGUGUGAGAAGGGGACCAAACAGGAACCGGAACCGGAGUUCAUGUUGGAGGUGGUGGUGGAGUUCCAACAACCUCAGAAGAAGCCUCUCUGUGUCUUCCUUGAUAAAAUAUGUGAGAGUUUCACCAUCUUUGACCUACAGACUAUGGUGGAGCAAAAAUUCCACAUUCCCCGUUCUUCUCAGAACUGGAUUAUAGGCUCCAAGCUGAUCAAGAGUGAUGACCGUCAGCCAUUGAGCAGCUAUGGCCUCAAGUGUGUCAAAGGCAGUGACUCACAGCAGAUCAUCUACCUCUACGUCAUGCACACUAAGAAAGCUAACGUUGCCAAGGAAGAUUUGGAGGCCAUACAAACUCGCCAACGGGCUCAACAAAACAAGCAGCAGUCCGGAGUACAGGCUCCACUGCCACCAGCUAUCCAAGCUCCUAAUAAUCGCCAGGGACAACAAGCCGAUUACUCUCAGGGACAACAAGCUAAUUACCCUCAGGGGCAGCAGCCUAAUUACCCUCAGGGGCAACGAGUUAAUUACUCUCAGGGGCAGCAGCCUAAUUACCCUCAGGGGCAACGAGUUAAUUACUCCCAAGGUGGGCAGCAUAUGAUGGGACCUAUGCACGGACAAAUGGGACAAAUGGUAGGAGAUCCUAAUCAGUCUGGUUUCCCACAAGCUCCGUCCCAUGACCGUGGAUACCAAGGGCAGGGGAAUUUCCCUCAAGAUAAUAUGGGACCUCCACAGCAGUUCGGUGGUGAUCCAACUUACGACAAGAUCGGUAAUCGUGGCUACAAUCCCGGCUUUACUGAUAGUGGGCUCCCCAAGUUUCGAGCACAGCAAGACCCCCUACCUGUUCAAUACCCCCCGCAGUUUGAUGAGCCCGUGUACGAACAACUCAACCAGGGGGUGUCAGGCCUCCAGAACCCUCCCGUUCAGGGGGCCCGUAAACCUCCCCCUCCAGGGGCAGUGAGUGUCCUGCCUCAUGUAGAUGUGCUAUCAAGGGGGCCAGACCAGCCUAACCCCCAGGCUGUGCUGGGGGUCCCCUCACAGUUGAAUUUGGCCCCCCCUAUUAUUAAAGAGAAACCGGGCUGGAAGUGCUCAGUCUGUACCUACCAUAACAAACCACGACGACCCGGCUGUGAGAUGUGCACUGCACCUCGACCAGAGGACUAUGAUGUCCCUGACGACACUCCAUUGGAUACGCUACAGCUGGACGAGCAGAAGAAUGAUGAGCUCUUUCAAGAGUAUGAGAAGCUAGAGGGAGAGCGUAAGAAGGACGAAGCCAUCAGGAACUAUCAAGCCCUCAUCCAGGCGGAGGACGCAGAUGUCGUGACCAACAAAGAGGAGUUUGAAUGCAUGAUCUGUUACGUUCCCACAGAGCCGGGAGAGGGGGUGAUCCUCAGGGAGUGUCUGCACGAGUUCUGCAAGGGCUGUCUCCAUGACACCAUAAUAAAUACUGGGACAGCUGUCGUGGGGUGUCCAUUUGACGACGGGAACUACCAGUGUCACACUGCCGUCUCAGAAAGAGAGAUGAGAACCGUUCUGAGUGACGAGGAAUUAGAGGCGGUGCAAAGGCGUGGUCUACGUGAGGCAGAGAACGCCUCCCCCAACAGCUUCCAUUGUAAGACUCCCGAUUGUACAGCUUUCUGUUUCUAUGAGGACGAUGUAAACGAGUUCCAGUGUCCGGUGUGCAACAAGCGUAACUGUCUCCUGUGUAAGGCUAUUCACGAGGGCAUGGAUUGUAAGGAGUAUCAGGACGAUCUCAAGAGGAGGGCGGCCAAUGAUGAGGCUGCCAUGGCAACGCAGAUGAUGCUCGAGGGUCUGGUGAAGAACGGUGAAGCUAUGAACUGCCCUCAGUGUAAGAUCAUCGUCCAGAAGAAGGACGGAUGUGAUUGGAUCCGCUGCUCCAUGUGUCGUACUGAAAUAUGCUGGGCCACCAAGGGACGGCGAUGGGGACCAGCUGGCACCGGGGACAAGUCUGGUGGGUGUCAGUGCCGUGUGGGGGGUAAGAAGUGCACUCCGACCUGUAGGAACUGUCACUGAAGAGACUGUGGGACUGUGUUAGAACUGUACUGUCUGUGUGACAUUGUUGUGUUAGUAGUGUUUUGUUUAGUUGUCUUGGUGUUAUGAUUUUUGUUCAAUUUUUUUGUGUUCAUUUGUUGAAUGUAGAUUGCUGACUUAA